GUCAUUUGGCCAUCACCAAGCUAAAGAAUUCAAGGUCAACUCUGGCUGGCAUCAUAUAAAGGAUGGGAAUGAUAUAGAGCUUGUUAAGACAGGUUUCUGUCUCACAAGGAAAUCUGUUACUAUGUUAAAUCACCAUGUGGUCAAUAGUUUGCUGAAACAUAAUAUUCCUGCUGUAGGCUUAUCAGUAUGUGGAGGCUGGGUGACAGAAAAUGGUGAAGUUGUGAAGCGUGAUAUAGAAUCUGUAACGGAUUUGAUAAAGAACGGGUUUAUUCCAGUGUUACAUGGCGACUGUGUAUUAGACCGUGCCAAAGGUAGCAACAUUCUUAGUGGCGAUACUAUAAUUCAGACAUUUUCAGAAGUGUUCAUUGUCAACCGAGUAGUUUUCUUGACCAGUGUUAAAGGUGUUUACGAUUGUCCACCAGCAGAUAAUUCUGAAGCGAAAUUACUGCACACUGUAAAAGUUGGUAACCAUGGUAACAAGAUGAGUGAUUCAGGACAAGAACAUGGUGAUAUAUUGAUGACCAACGAAGGUACGGAUGUGACCGGAGGGAUGACGCUGAAAUUCAAAACUGCUGUUGAUAUAGCAAAAAAUACUGCAGGAAAAACUUGUGUGUUCAUAUGCAUGAUAGGUUCAGAAUAUGCAACAGACGUUUGUCUUCAUGGAGAAAAUAAAAGUGUCAGGGGCAAUAACUCUGGCACAGAAAUUGUCUUUGUGACUUAAUUAACAAUUCGUUUUUAUAAUUAUGAUUCUCAUUUAUUUUACAAUAUGAUAUUAUAUUGAAAAAACAAAUGGUGCAAUAGUUGAUAAUAUACUUCAAUGUUUUCAUUAUAAGAA